GCACCCGAGCAAGAAAAGUGGGCGCCCAUCUCGCCCUCCCCGGUCUCUACCCUCAACUUGCUCGCUCGGUCUCUCUCUCUCUCUCUCCCACCCCCCCCGCGCCUUCUCGGAGAGCCUGAGCGCGCUGUGAUCCCGGAGAAGAAGGGGCGGCCGGCGGAGGAGGCAACUCAUACGGUUUCCAGAUCGCACGCCCUUUCUCAGAUUGGAUGAUGUUUUCUCUCAUCUAACUUAAAAUCAGAAUGAGGCCAGUGCAAAGGGACUAGCGAAGUUGCUAGAAGAAUGAGUGCAAGUUUUACCUCAAAGUGGUCAAUAGUGGGCCGGUCAUUGUUGGGGAGCCUCAGCAACAAUUUGGUGGGGACAGUGAAAACAACUCAUGAAGUAAUUCCAAGAUCGCAUUACAAUAGUAUCUUCUCUCAGCAACAAAGAACAUUCAUACAGAUGAGGACAAACCUCAAAGUCGUGGACAACUCUGGUGCCAAACGGGUCAUGUGCAUACAAGCUUUGAAGGGGAGGAGAGGAGCAAGACUGGGUGAUACUAUAAUUGCAUCUGUAAAGGAAGCACAACCUCGUGGUAAGGUAAAGAAGGGAGAGGUAGUGUAUGGUGUGGUUGUGCGUGCUGCCAUGCAGCGGGGACGUUGUGAUGGCAGUGAGAUCAAGUUUGAUGAUAAUGCAGUAGUCCUUGUCAACAAGCAGGGAGAGCCCAUUGGUACGCGAGUGUUUGGGCCAGUGCCCCAUGAGCUCCGGAAGAAGAAGCACCUGAAGAUUUUAACUUUGGCUGAACAUAUAGCUUAAGUUUCUGGUUUCACAGCCUGAACUAGCUCUCCUAUUUAGGUUUAGGGAUGUUGGGUCAGCGUAUGUAGCCUGUGAUAGGAGAAUUUAUGCUGUGAUUGGUUAUUUUUCGUGCUGAAUUUGUCUUGCCGAUCAUUACGGUAGCUGAUGUGAGGGGCUUCAAGAGAGAGUUGUUGUCAAUGGCCAUAUUUUCAGUUGGAACAGGAGCUCUCGUCUGCCUUCAAGUGAAUUUUGAGCUUGUUUUUAAUGUUUUAACUUUUUAAUGUUUAAAUAAAUAUUUAAGGAAUUAGACAAGAUUGUGG